UGAAGCGUCUCCCUUCAAGAAAGCAAGCAGAGAGAGACAGUUGGAUCCAGCGCUGCCUUUGGUUUCGCUCAUUAUUUCUGCGGACAAUGCUGCGAGUCAGAUGUUUGAGAGGAGGUAGCAGGGGGGCUGAAGCUGCCCAUCUGAUCGGAGCCAUGCUUGGCCGGUCAGUUGCUGGCUGGGUGCAGAGGACCUUCCAGAGCACUUCAAGUGCAGCAGCUGCACAACAGCAUGCAGCUGAAGAGGAACCUGUUACUGAGCCCAUUCAGCAGGAGUGCCCCGUCUGCAGCUACAAUGAAUGGGACCCUCUUGAGGAGGUGAUCGUUGGGCGAGCUGAAAAUGCCCAGGUGCCUCCCUUUACUGUGGAAGUGAAGGCCAACACAUAUGAGAAGUACUGGCCCUUCUAUCAGAAGCAUGGGGGCCAGUCUUUUCCUGCGGACCACUUGAAAAAAGCUGUUGCUGAGAUUGAAGAAAUGUGCAAUAUCCUGCGUCACGAAGGAGUUGUUGUGCAGAGGCCAGAACCCAUCGACUGGUCCGUCGAAUAUAAAACUCCAGAUUUCACAUCAACAGGAAUGUAUGCUGCCAUGCCGAGAGACAUCCUCAUGGUUGUGGGAAACGAAAUCAUAGAAGCUCCCAUGGCCUGGAGGGCUCGAUUCUUUGAGUACCGUGCCUACAGGCCUUUAAUUAAGGAGUACUUUAGAAAAGGUGCAAAAUGGACCACAGCUCCUAAACCCACCAUGGCUGAUGAGCUAUAUGAUCAGGACUACCCCAUCCGCACUGUGGAGGACAGACACAAGCUGGCUGCCCAGGGGAAGUUUGUGACCACAGAGCACGAGCCAUGCUUCGACGCUGCUGAUUUCAUUCGAGCUGGGAGGGAUCUUUUCGUUCAGAGGAGUCAGGUUACAAAUUACAUGGGAAUCGAGUGGAUGAGACGCCAUCUGGCCCCAGAUUACAAAGUGCACAUCAUCUCGUUUAAAGACCCUAACCCCAUGCACAUCGAUGCCACUUUUAACAUCAUCGGACCUGGUUUGGUGUUGUCAAACCCUGACCGCCCAUGUCGCCAGAUUGACAUGUUCAAGAAAGCUGGCUGGACUGUUGUGAAACCCCCAACACCUUUGAUUCCUGAUGACCACCCACUGUGGAUGUCCUCCAAAUGGCUGUCCAUGAAUGUCCUGAUGCUGGAUGAGAAGCGGGUCAUGGUUGACGCCAAUGAAGAAACUAUUCAUAAAAUGUUUGAAAACCUCGGUAUCAAGACCAUAAAGGUGAACAUUCGCCAUGCCAACUCACUUGGUGGUGGCUUCCACUGCUGGACAACCGAUGUCCGCCGCCGUGGUACCCUGGAGUCCUACUUCCACUAGCCUUGCCAGAAAUAGGCAGUUUUUAUUGAGCUUUGAAAACUAAAGCCUCAAUCUGGAAGCUUCUUAGAUAAUU